AUGUCGACGCUUGCAUCUGACCAGAAUGCCUCGUCGGCCAUUGACGACAACGAGUUUGAUGAGGAGCAUGGCGAGCACCACCCCCACCGUAACUCGGUCCACCACCAGCUGCGAGCUAGCAGCUCCAUCAUGCAGCUGAAGAAACUGUUGGUGGCCAACCGUGGAGAGAUUCCCAUCCGCAUUUUCCGCACAGCCCACGAGCUGUCGCUCCACACCGUUGCCGUAUACAGCCAUGAGGAUCGCCUGAGCAUGCACCGCCAAAAGGCUGACGAAGCCUACGAGAUUGGCACCCGCGGGCAGUACACCCCCGUGGGAGCCUAUCUUGCGGGCGACGAGAUCAUCAAGAUUGCCGUCGAGCACAAUGUCAACAUGAUCCAUCCAGGUUAUGGCUUCCUCUCAGAGAAUGCCGAAUUUGCACGGAAUGUAGAGAAGGCAGGCCUCAUUUUCGUCGGCCCCUCCCCAGAUACCAUUGAUGCGCUCGGCGACAAGGUUUCUGCGCGCAAACUGGCCAUCAAGUGCAAUGUUCCCGUGGUGCCUGGAACUCCAGGCCCCGUGGAGAAGUUUGAAGAUGUCAAGGCGUUUACCGACGAGUUUGGUUUCCCCAUCAUCAUCAAGGCCGCUUUCGGUGGUGGUGGCCGUGGAAUGCGUGUAGUCCGUGAGCAGGCCUCCCUCAAGGACGCGUUCGAGCGCGCAACAUCGGAAGCAAAGUCGGCCUUUGGCAACGGAACGGUCUUUGUCGAGCGCUUCUUGGACAAGCCCAAGCACAUUGAAGUCCAGCUCCUCGGAGACAAUCUUGGCAAUGUAGUCCACUUGUACGAGCGUGACUGCAGUGUCCAGCGCCGUCACCAAAAGGUCGUCGAAAUCGCGCCAGCCAAGGACCUCCCCGUCGAGACUCGUGAUGCUAUCCUAGCCGAUGCCGUCCGUCUUGCACAGUCGGUCAAGUACCGCAAUGCAGGCACGGCGGAAUUUUUGGUCGAUCAACAGAACAGGUACUACUUUAUUGAGAUCAACCCUCGUAUCCAAGUCGAGCACACCAUCACCGAGGAGGUGACUGGUAUCGACAUUGUCGCCGCUCAGAUCCAGAUCGCCGCAGGCGCGUCCCUUGAACAACUUGGCCUUAGCCAAGACCACAUCUCUACUCGUGGUUUUGCCUUCCAGUGCCGCAUUACGACGGAAGAUCCUGCCCAAAACUUUGCUCCUGACACUGGCAAGAUUGAAGUCUACCGCUCUGCUGGUGGCAACGGAGUCAGGCUCGAUGGUGGUAGCUCAUUUGCAGGCGCAGUCAUCACACCACACUACGACUCCAUGCUGGUCAAAUGCUCAUGCCGAGGCUCAACAUACGAAAUUGUUCGCCGAAAAAUGCUGCGUGCUCUUGUCGAGUUCCGUAUUCGUGGCGUCAAGACCAACAUUCCCUUCUUGAUCAAGCUUCUUACACAUCCUACUUUUGUCGACGGCCAGUGCUGGACUACCUUCAUUGAUGAUACCCCGGCUCUUUUCGAUCUCAUUGGCUCCCAGAACCGUGCCCAGAAACUACUUGCCUAUCUUGGUGACCUUGCUGUCAACGGCAGUCAGAUCAAGGGCCAAGUUGGCGAGCCCAAGUUCAAGGGUAUCAUUCCCAUCCCAGCCAUCCACGAUGUCAAUGGUAACAAGGUCGACACCUCGGUACCCUGCACAAAAGGAUGGCGCAACAUUCUUCUCAAGGAGGGUCCUGAAGGCUUUGCCAAGGCAGUUCGUGCAAACAAGGGAUGUUUGAUCAUGGACACUACUUGGCGUGAUGCCCACCAGUCUCUGCUUGCGACACGUGUACGCACAGUUGACUUGCUAAACAUCGCCAAAGAGACAAGUCAUGCAUUCUCCAAUGCCUGGGCUCUCGAGUGCUGGGGUGGCGCUACCUUUGAUGUUGCUAUGCGCUUCCUCUAUGAAGAUCCAUGGGACCGUCUGCGCAAGAUGAGGAAGCUUGUGCCCAACAUUCCUUUCCAGAUGCUGCUUCGUGGAGCCAAUGGCGUUGCGUACUCCUCCCUUCCCGACAAUGCCAUCUUCCACUUCUGUGAGCAGGCCAAGAAGAAUGGCGUUGACAUCUUCCGAGUCUUUGACGCCUUGAACGAUGUAGAGCAGCUGGAAGUCGGUAUCAAGGCUGUUCUUAAGGCUGGAGGUGUUGUGGAGGGCACGGUCUGUUACUCGGGUGACAUGUUGAGACCCAAUGCCAAGUACAACUUGCAGUACUACGUCGAGCUCGUUGACAAGCUUGUCAAGAUGAAGAUCCACAUACUUUCAUUCAAGGACAUGGCUGGUGUUCUUAAGCCUCGUGCUGCCCGACUGUUGAUUGGCACUAUUCGGGAAAAGUACCCUGAUCUGCCCAUCCAUGUUCACACCCACGACUCCGCCGGAACUGGCGUGGCGUCCAUGGUUGCUUGUGCGGAGGCUGGUGCCGAUGCCGUUGAUGCUGCUAUUGACAGCAUGUCUGGAAUGACAUCGCAACCUAGCGUAGGUGCUAUCUUGGCCUCGCUUGAAGGUACCGACUUCGACGCUGGUCUUGAUGUACGCAUGAUUCGCAGCCUCGACUCGUACUGGGCUCAGCUUCGCCUGCUCUAUUCGCCAUUCGAGGCUGGCCUUACUGGUCCCGAUCCUGAGGUGUAUGAGCACGAGAUCCCUGGUGGUCAGCUCACCAAUCUCAUUUUCCAAGCUUCGCAGCAAGGACUUGGCGAACAGUGGGCUCAGACAAAGAAAGCGUAUGAGCAAGCAAACGAUUUACUCGGCGACAUUGUCAAGGUCACGCCUACCUCGAAGGUUGUUGGAGAUUUGGCACAAUUCAUGGUAUCCAACAAGCUUUCCUACGAUGACGUGUUGAGCAAGGCUGAGCAGCUCGACUUCCCCUCCUCGGUCCUGGAAUUUUUCGAAGGUUUGAUGGGUCAGCCACACGGUGGCUUCCCCGAACCCCUCCGAACUCAAGCUCUUCGUGGCCGAAGGAAGAUGGACAAGCGUCCUGGUCUCUACCUCGAGCCCGUCGACAUCGCCAAGGUCAAGGCGGAUCUGAAGGCCAAAUGGGGUGACGCUACCGAGUGUGAUGUUGCGUCUCACAUCAUGUACCCCAAGGUCUUCGACGACUACAAGAAAUGGACGAGCAAGUAUGGUGAUCUUUCCGUGCUACCGACACGUUACUUCUUGUCUCGUCCUGAGAUUGGCGAGGAGUUCCAUGUAGAGCUGGAGAAGGGCAAGGUGCUCAUUCUCAAGUUGCUCGCAAUCGGCCCGCUUUCCGAGCAGACUGGUCUGCGUGAGGUCUUCUAUGAGAUGAACGGUGAGACUCGUACAGUUACAGUUGAGGAUCAGCACGCAGCCAUCGAAAACGUGUCACGACCCAAGGCCGAUCCUACCGACAGCAGCCAGGUUGGUUCGCCCAUGUCGGGUGUUUUGGUUGAGGUUCGCGUCCAUGAUGGAAGCGAGGUCAAGAAGGGUGACCCCGUUGCCAUUCUUAGCGCUAUGAAAAUGGAAAUGGUCAUUUCGGCCCCUCAUUCCGGAAAGGUCAGCCAUUUGUCAGUUCGCGAGGGCGACUCUGUCGACUCUGGAGAUCUUGUCUGCAAGCUUGUCAAGUGA